CGAGCGGAAGUGACGUCGGCCUGCGCACGCGGUCCGUCGUAGUUGGAGCUGGUGACCUCGGUUCGUUUUGGGAAGUUAAGAGCUCUUUUACCUGACACAGGCCGGACCCAGCACUCCGGUCCCCGUCCCGUCGGCAAGAUGGUGAAGCCCAAGUACAAAGGACGGAGUACUAUCAACCCUUCUAAUGCCAGCACAAAUCCCGAUCGAGUGCAGGGCGCAGGAGGCCAGAACAUGAGGGACCGGGCCACAAUCCGCCGCCUGAAUAUGUAUAGGCAGAAGGAGCGCAGGAACAGCCGUGGUAAAGUGAUUAAGCCUCUGCAAUAUCAAUCAACGGUGGCUUCUGGCACAGUGGCGAGAGUGGAGCCAAACAUAAAGUGGUUUGGAAAUACACGUGUGAUUAAACAGUCAUCAUUACAAAAAUUUCAAGAGGAGAUGGACACAGUCUUGAAGGAUCCAUACAAAGUUGUCAUGAAGCAAAGCAAGUUACCCAUGUCUCUGCUCCAUGAUCGAAUCCGGCCUCAUAAUUCAAAGGUGCACAUUCUUGAUACUGAAAGCUUCGAAACUACAUUUGGCCCUAAAGCACAGAGGAAGCGACCAAAUUUAUUUGCAAGUGAUAUGAAAUCACUUAUAGAAAAUGCAGAAAUGUCCACUGAGAGCUACGACCAGGGCAAGGAUCGUGAUUUGGUAGCAGAAGACACUGGUGUGAGAAAUGAAGCCCAAGAAGAGAUAUAUAAAAAGGGACAGUCCAAAAGAAUAUGGGGUGAACUCUACAAGGUGAUAGACUCAUCAGAUGUUGUAGUUCAAGUUCUUGAUGCUCGAGAUCCAAUGGGCACCCGUUCCCCUCACAUUGAGACUUACUUGAAAAAGGAAAAACCCUGGAAACACCUCAUUUUUGUUCUUAACAAAUGUGACCUCGUUCCAACCUGGGCAACAAAGCGAUGGGUGGCUGUCCUCUCCCAGGAUCACCCGACACUUGCUUUCCAUGCGAGUCUUACGAACCCCUUUGGUAAAGGAGCAUUUAUUCAGCUUCUGCGGCAGUUUGGAAAGUUGCACACUGACAAGAAGCAGAUCAGCGUGGGGUUCAUCGGCUAUCCCAAUGUUGGCAAGAGCUCUGUGAUAAACACGCUGCGCUCCAAGAAAGUUUGCAACGUGGCCCCCAUCGCAGGUGAAACAAAGGUCUGGCAGUACAUCACCCUGAUGCGGCGGAUCUUCCUCAUCGACUGUCCGGGUGUGGUCUACCCCUCCGAGGACUCAGAGACGGACAUCGUGCUAAAAGGAGUCGUUCAAGUUGAAAAAAUUAAGACUCCUGAAGACCACAUUGGUGCUGUACUUGAACGAGCAAAGCCAGAAUAUAUCAGCAAGACAUACAAGAUCGAUUCUUGGGAGAAUGCUGAGGACUUUCUUGAGAAGCUGGCUUUCCGGACAGGGAAGUUAUUAAAGGGUGGAGAGCCCGACCUGCGGACCGUGGGGAAGAUGGUCCUCAAUGACUGGCAGAGGGGCCGGAUUCCUUUCUUUGUCAAGCCACCCAAUGCUGAGCCCCCGGCCACCCCCCAGCUUCCGUCCGCCUCGACUUUGGAAGUUGCCCCAGAAACAGCCCAGAACAACGCAGAAGAGGAAGUCCCAGAAUCUGGAGGUGGAGGGUCAGAACCUGGCCUUGAGAAGAAGGAAGAGGAGCCUGGCCAGUGUGGCGCUGAUGCAGAAAUGCAGCAGAUCCUCGCGCGGGUCCGGCAGAACUUCGGCAAGAUCAACGUCGUGCCUCAGUUUUCGGGGGACGACCUGGUUCCCCUGGAGAUGUCCGAUAUGGAGGAAGAGCUGGAGAGCCUCUCUGGGGAGAGGGAGGAGGAGGAAGAACAGGAGCCCCAAGAAGACACUGACGAAGAGCCUUUCGCAGAAGCCCAGGAAGAACACACGGGGAGCAGCACCAAGGCCGUCAUUCAAGCCCUGGAUGAGAAGAUUGCCAAGUACCAGAGGUUUUUAGACAAAGCCAAAGCUAAGAAGUUCUCGGCGGUCAGAAUAUCCAAGGGACUGAGUGAGAAGGUUUUUGCAAAACCUGAGCAACAAAAAGCAGUUGAAGAAGAUGUAGAAGAUACAGCACCUACCAAAAAAGGAAAGAAGAGGAAGGCACAGAGGGAAGAAGAGCAUUCAAACAAAACUCGCAGGACGCUUACAUCUAAGGAACGGAGACGAGCAGCACGGCAGCAACAAUCCAGAAAAGUCGGUGUACGCUACUAUGAAACUCACAACGUGAAAAACAGGAACAGAAACAAAAAGAAGACCAAUGACUCAGAGGGGCAGAAACAGAGACACAAAAAAUUCAAACAUAAGCAGUAACAUUUUAAAAGUUGUUUAUUAAAUUAUACAAAAAUAUGCAA